UGCUUUUUCCUCUUCUCCAGUUGUUUGGUUCGGCUGAGCAGGAAGAAACAUACGCACACAGGCAAAGGCGGAAGGAAGGCUUCCUAAAACCUAGCAGGCAGCGGCAGGCUACGUUUACGUUCCAUCCAGCAGUCUCUCUCUCUCGUGUAGUGCUAAUUUCAAACCGCGAAACCGGGCCGCAACGUAUUGAAGAGAAUGAAGAAUCGGAGAGACCAAACUCGCCGCAGUGGCGGUGAUAAAGAUGCCGGUGCCGACGCUGACGCCGAUUCAGAGUCCCAUGUACUGAGCUUCAAGCAGAUUAUGAAAGAUGUCACGCUUUUCGGUGCAUUUACAUGGAAAGAAAGGAAGCAAAUGGAGAACCAGAAGGCAGUUGAACUUGGUGGGAAGCCUGCCAAGAAGCAAAGGCUUCCUUUAAGCGUGGCUCGAGUACAAAUGAAGAAUCAGAAAGAAAGAGAACAAAAAUUGCUCCAAGAGGAGAUGGCUCUCGGCAGGUUCAGUGGUAAGCGUGGUGGUGGUGCUCGUACUUUUGGAGGGAAGCGAAAACAAGAGAGCAGGGUACUUAGAUCCACAGAAGGGUUUUUCAAGAACGGUGUGCUGGAUGUGAAGCAUUUGGUGAAGUCAGGCGGUCUAUCUGAAAGCUGCAUCCCGGACUCCUCUAUGAUGGAUAGAGAGAGGAAACAAAAGAAUGGAGGUGGUGGAGGAAAGAAGAAGCACGGGAAGAAGAAGGGUAAGGGUAGAAAGAAACACUGACACAGCUAUCUAGUGUGGCACAAGCACAGUUUUGAGAACCAAUAUUGAGGACCUGUGUCUCAUAAACACUUUCACUAAUUUGAAUAAUGUCUUCGUAGAAAUAUCUUGGAGAGUUGGGACUGGUAAUGAAACCUGCUUUCAUCUAUUAAUUCUAGUUGUUUGCUAGUAACGAAACCUCUGUUGUAACCUGUCUUCCAUUACCUUCUAGUAAGUUAGUGUGGAAUGAAGCUCGAUAUUAAUUUGCAGUAGCCAAUAUGGCAGUAGAAUCUUGGUGCUUAGCCGGCCAUACCAGAAU